AUGCUACGCAUCGCUGAUUCAGCUGAUGACGGUGAUAGGGAUCAUAGUCAUGGCGCAAAAAUUUGUCGGGAUGUAAUAUCCGAGCUGAUCGGACCAAAACUUAAGCUCGGAAAAAUACUUGAUAUAACUGAUUUAGUUAUAUUAACCCGUCUUAGG